UGUUUUCAAAAUGGCGGCAGCGAUGGAUGUGGAUACCCCCAGCGGCACCAACAGCGGCGCGGGCAAGAAGCGCUUUGAAGUGAAAAAGUGGAAUGCGGUAGCCCUCUGGGCCUGGGAUAUUGUGGUUGAUAACUGUGCCAUCUGCAGGAACCACAUUAUGGAUCUUUGCGUUGAAUGUCAGGCCAAGCAGGCGUCUGCUACUUCUGAAGAGUGUACUGUUGCGUGGGGAGUCUGUAACCAUGCUUUUCGUUUCCACCGCGUCUCUCCAUGGCUCAAAACGAGGCAGGUGCCGAGUGGAAAGCCGAGGAGGUCAGAAUCCUUGGACCUGGAGCUACAGGUAGCUGUGACCCGCAUGGUGUCCGUCCUCUAUGAGAGCUGGUGUGUGAACUGCUGA